ACCAUUUGUAAGAUCAAUGGCUUCACAAGGACAACAGUUCCCACCUCAAAAACAGGCAGCACAACCUGGGAAAGAACAUCCCAUGGAGCCCAGACCCCAGUUCACCAAACCCGACUACAAGCCCUCCAAUAAACUACAUGGAAUGGUGGCCUUGGUUACUGGUGGAGAUUCUGGGAUUGGGAGAGCCGUUUGUCACUCUUUUGCAAUGGAGGGUGCGACUGUGGCAUUCACGUACGUGAAGGCACGAGAAGAGAAGGACGCACAGGAAACCGUUCAGAUAAUAAAGCAAUCCAAGACCAGUGAUGCUAAGGAUCCAUUGGCUAUAGUGGCGGAUUUGGGGUUUGAAGAGAAUUGCAAGAAAGUGGUGGAUGAAGUGGUGAAUGCGUUCGGACGUAUCGACAUUCUGGUUAAUAAUUCUGCAGAGCAGCACAAGAUACUCUCUCUGGAGGAGAUCGAUGAGCAGAGGCUGGAGAGGGUGUUCAGGACCAACAUCUUCUCUUAUUUCUUGGUUACCAAGUAUGCUUUGAUGCACAUGAAGGAAGGGAGUGCUAUAAUCAACUCCACAUCAGUAACAGCAUACAAGGGGAAUCCGAAAUUGCUCGAUUACUCGGCCACGAAAGGCGCAAUUGUGGCUUUUACAAGGGGACUUGCACUCCAUCUUGUGAACAGAGGAAUAAGGGUUAAUGGAAUUGCUCCUGGACCGAUCUGGACUCCGUUGAUACCGGCAUCGUUUAGUGAGGAUGAGGUUGCUAAGUUUGGGUCAGAAACUCCAAUGAAGAGGGCUGGUCAGCCAAAUGAGGUUGCUCCUUGUUAUGUCUUCCUUGCUUGUAACCAUUGUUCCUCCUACAUGACUGGCCAGGUUCUGCAUCCUAAUGGUGGAACUAUAGUGAACGGUUGAUGGGGAUUGCUACCACAUAAUAUGGAGAUGGGCCUGUUGUCUGGGUUUCUAAGUUGGGUUUUGUUCUCUCUUUAUGUACAAAAAAACAGAGAGGGUGAUCUCUUUUGCAUGUAAAAACUAGUGUUAAAAGUACAUAUGAAUAAGCUUUAGACACAGGUCUAUGGGGGUUCCAGGGUUGAAAUGGAAUUGUAGUAAUAUAAUAUGUUGUAGUACCUCUGGA